GACUGCACUGUCGACUUCCCGCCUUGAACCACAUGAUAAAUUGUGAAAGGCUAUUUCUCACUUACCUUAUUAAAAUAUCCAAAAAUGGCCAAUCAAAAAGUUUUUUUAUAAAGAGUUCGUUAGUUCCAAUUUUGGUCGCCAUGGAAUUAGAUUACCUAUCUAUUCUCAACUGCCUAAUUCGUUUUUCGUCAUUUAUUUUCUUUCUGUUGUGGAAAGCGUUCGUCAUGGUGUUAUCGUUCUCUGGGAGAAAAAUAUAUGGAAUAGUUUACCAUGCAUUUGUUGUGUACAGGAAAAGAUUCCUGAAUGUUGUUCCUAAGAAACCAGCUCUAGUUUCAAGAAACAUUGGAUGGAUGCUGGGUUUGUUACCUGCAGUCUCUGCUAGUGUAAAAGUUGAUGAAGAAAGAGAAAAUAAGACCAAUCUUAUUUCUGAAGCUGAUGUCUUGUACAAUGAGCAUUCCUACACCAAAUUGAGAAGUCUUCUGUUGCCCUACAAGGCCGAAGAUAAUGCCGAAAUUCUUUGGCGACUGGCACGAGCGACGUAUGAAGUAGCGAAAUUAUCGUCCAGUCCAAUUGAACAAAAAGAAUUAGAUUUUGAAGCAUACGGUUAUGUUGAAGGGGCGCUGCUCAUUGAUCCGGAAAACUUUGCUGCUCACAAGUGGAUGUUUAUUUUGUUAGAUAAAAAGGCGUCCUACGAGGGCUUAAAGGAGCGCAUUUCUCAAUCGUUUGUCGUCAAGAAACACAUAGAAAGAGCGUGUGAACUCAACCCAAAGGAUGCAACUUCAUUUCAUUUGCUAGGCUACUGGUGCUUUUCUGUUGCUGAAUUGCCGUGGCUUCAGAGGCAAAUUGCCUCAACCUUGUUUGCUACACCGCCCGUAUCUUCUUACGAAGAGGCACUGCAGUAUUUCCUAAGAGCGGAAGAAGUUGAGCCGAAUUUUUACAGUACGAAUUUAUUGAUGCUGGGGAAAACAUAUUUGCGGCUCAACAAUAAAGAAAAAGCUAUCGCUUAUUUGACCAGAGCUCGAGAUUAUGCUAUCGCCUCGUCAGAAGAUUUGGAGGCCAAACACGAGGCAGUCAAGCUAUUAAAUUCCAUCAGAUAGGCCGCUGGCUCCAAGGACGCUCGAGGAUAUUUACCCAUAUCCUUCCACAUAAAGAAAAAUGUAUGCGCCUCUUCUGUUUACCUUGAAAUUUAAUCAAAAAUGUUUGUUUUUUUAUUAUUAAAUGAUUUCCUUGUGUGUGUGUUAUCGGUACAACAUGCAAUAGUGCAACAGUUUCCCAAAUUUCCCCGUGCGUGUUUACGAAUACAAAGUUCAUUCACUUGUU